AUGGCCGUGAUCGCCGUGGUUUUUAUCUCGUUGAUGGUUGCCGUAAGGCGGGAGAGGGCAUGCCUGAGAGCUGCCAACCUCUGGUUCCGUCGGGAGGACCCGGAAACAGAGACGUGGGACGCCGAGAAUAUUUUCGCCAUCCGGGAGCUCCAUGCCCGGUCGGAGGGCUGGCUGGAGCAAGAGGAGCGCCAGGCUUUCCUGAGAGGAGGCCGGUGGGAGAGCGGAAGCCGUCCCAGCACCCUCAGAGCCCGCUGGAUUCGCGCCCUGAGGGACCAGGCCCGGGAGUUCGCGGCCCAAGAGGAGGAGUGCGGGGUCAUCUACGACCUCGAGGAUCUUUGGGACCUGAAGAUCCUCUUCGGCGACGCCCCUCUCCGCCCGACGAGCCCGAAAACUGGGACCUGGAGGAAUGGGCCUAGGCCUCCAAGAAAAAUUAUUCAUAGAAUAAGUUUUAUUAAUUAA